GGAGGGGAGUGUGGUGAAUCUCGUCGUUUAUGUGCUUGUGUAUGGAGCGUGUCUUUUCUUUUCUUUUCUUUUUUCUCUUUUAUAAAUCAUCUUUUUUAAUCAUUUCUUAUCUUUGCAUGCACGCGUAACUGCAAUACAUGGAACAUAAUCCGACCAAGAUACACGCCUGCUUUUCUAACGUCCUGUUGAUGCACGGAGCAGCUUGCACACUUACCGUAUAGCCAUAUUUAAAAAAAACAACAAAAAAAAAACAGCCAUAAUCGCUGCAAAGAUGCAGAUUUCUACCAAAUAAUCGGGCGGACUGCGGCUCUCCUCGGCGGCUCCCACCCGGAGGAUUUCCUCCCAUCCCCACCGAGCACGUCCAAGUCAGAAUCCAGAAUGGCCCGGCUCCUGUUCCUGGUCGUCCUCUCCGCUCUUCCCGUCCUCGUCGUGCCGAUACAUAAUUCAUCAGCAGGAGGCUGCGCCAUCAUCCGGCCUCCGAGGGACGGGGGGAUCCGCUACCGAGGCCUGACGCAGGAGCAGAUCCGCAGCGUCCAGAUCCUGCCGGUGGACUACGAGAUCGAGUACAUCUGCAGAGGAAACCGGGUCAUCGUGGGGCCCAAGGUCAGGAAGUGCUUGCCCAACGGCACGUGGACAGACAUGACGCUGCAGAGCCGAUGUCUGCUGCUGUGUCCGCGGGUGUGGACGUCCCUGGAGAACGGCCGGGUGGCGGCGAGGCCCCCCGGGCCCCCGGUGGAGGGGACGGUGCUGCACUACAGCUGCCACGCCGGCUUCAUCCUGGAGGGCCGGAACAGCAGCCACUGCACCAAGCUGGGGAAGUGGGACGCCCCCAAGCCCACCUGCCUGUACGACAGAAACUACACAGGGAAGAAGAAGCUGUACAUCGGCGCGCUGUUCCCCAUGAGCGGCGGCUGGCCGGGCGGCCAGGCCUGCAUGCCGUCCGCGCAGAUGGCGCUGGACCUGGUCAACAACCGCAGCGACAUCCUGCCGGACUACGAGCUGGAGCUCAUCCACUACGACAGCAUGUGUGACCCGGGAGAAGCCACCAAGCUGCUGUACGACCUUCUGUACACAGAGCCCAUCAAGAUCGUCCUGCUGCCCGGCUGCAGCGGCGUCUCCACGCUGGUGGCUGAAGCCGCCCGCAUGUGGAACCUCAUAGUGCUGUCGUACGGGUCCAGCUCUCCGGCUCUGUCCAACCGCCAGCGCUUCCCCACCUUCUUCCGCACCCACCCGUCCGCCACGCUGCACAACCCCACCCGGGUGCAGCUGUUCCAGAAGUGGAAGUGGACCCGCAUCGCCACCAUCCAGCAGACCACCGAGGUCUUCACCUCGACGCUGGAUGAUCUGGAGCAGAGGGUGAAGGAGGCGGGCAUCGAGAUCAGCGUUCGCCAGAGUUUCCUCACCGACCCGGCUGUUGCUGUCAAAAACCUCAAGCGCCAGGAUGCCCGGAUCAUCGUGGGGCUGUUCUACGAGACCGAAGCCAGGAAGGUUUUCUGCGAGGUGUUCAAGGAGAAGCUCUACGGGAAGAAGGUGGUGUGGUUCCUGAUCGGCUGGUACGCCGACAACUGGUUCAAGAUCAAAGACCCGGCCAUCAACUGCACGGUGGAGAACAUGACGGAGGCGGUGGAGGGUCAUGUGACCACGGAGAUCGUCAUGCUGAACCCGGAGACGGUCCGCGGCGUCUCCAACAUGACGUCCCAGGAGUUCCUGGGGGCCCUGAUGUCCCGCCUGGGGGGGGUGAACCCGGAGGAGACAGGCGGGUUCCAGGAGGCCCCCCUGGCCUACGACGCGGUCUGGGCCCUGGCUCUGGCCCUCAACAAGACCGUGGAGCCCCUGAAGGCCAAGGGCCGGCGUCUGGAGGACUUCAACUACAACAACCACGACAUCACCGCCGAGAUCUACAGGGCGCUCAACACCAGCUCCUUUGAAGGGGUUUCGGGUCAGGUGGUGUUCGACGCCCAGGGCUCCAGGAUGGCCAUGACCCUGAUCGAGCAGCUGCAAGGCGGCAGCUACCAUAAGAUCGGCUACUACGACAGCUCUCAGAAGAACCUCUCCUGGUUCGGGAACGACGUGUGGAUCGGAGCGGGGCCCCCGGCGGAUCGGACCGUGGUGAUCGAGGAGUACCGGUUCUUGUCUCAGAAGCUGUUUGCGGCCGUGUCCGUCUUCGCCGGCCUCGGCAUCCUGCUCGGCAUCGUCUGCCUGACCUUCAACAUCUACAACGGCAACGUGCGCUACAUCCAGAACUCGCAGCCGUACCUGAACAACAUGACGGCGGUGGGCUGCAUGAUGGCGCUGGCCGCCGUCUUCCCGCUGGGGAUCGAUGGUCACCACGUCCACAGAUCGCAGUUCCCCGUCGUCUGCCAGUUCCGCCUCUGGCUGCUGGGCCUCGGCUUCAGUCUGGCGUACGGCAGCAUGUUCACCAAGAUCUGGUGGGUGCACACCCUCUUCACCAAGAAGGACGAGAAGAAGGAGAAGAAGAAGCAACCCCUGGAGCCGUGGAAACUCUACGCUACAGUCGGCGUCCUGCUGGCCAUCGACUUCCUGUCCCUGAUGAUCUGGCAGAUCGUGGACCCGCUGCACGUCACGGUGGAGAAGUUCACCAGGGAGGCCCCUAAAGUGGACCUGGACGUCCUGAUUCAGCCGCUGCUGGAGCACUGCAGCUCGGAGAAGAUGAACACGUGGCUCGGUGUGGUCUACGGCUACAAGGGUCUGCUAUUGCUGCUCGGCAUCUUUCUGGCCUACGAGACCAAGUCUGUUUCCACAGAGAAGAUCAACGACCACCGUGCCGUCGGGAUGGCCAUCUACAACGUAGCGGUGCUCUGCCUCAUCACGGCGCCGGUGACGAUGAUCCUGACCUCGCAGCAGGACGCCUCCUUCGCCUUCGCCUCCCUCGCCGUCGUCUUCUCCGCCUACAUCACCCUGGUGGUUCUCUUCGUGCCCAAGAUGCGGCGCCUCAUCACCCGCGGGGAGUGGCAGUCGGAGCAGCAGGACACCCUGAAGACCGGCUCGUCCACCAACAACAACGACGAGGAGAAGUCCCGGCAGCUGGAGCGGGAGAACCGGGAGCUGCAGAAGAUCAUCCAGGAGAAAGAGGAGCGGGUGUCGGCCCUCCGCAACCAGCUAGCCGAGCGCCAGGCUCUUCGCAACCGCCGCCCGCCCUCCGCCGGCCAGAACCAGAACCACAACGCCCCACUGCCCUCCUCCCAGCCGGACCCCCGGUCCUUGCUGCCCCCGCCCGGCUACCCCAACCCCGCCACGGACAAUCACUCCCUCCCGCCGUCCUUCUCCAACUCGUCCAACCUCUACCCGGCCGACAGCAAGAUGGGCCGCAACCACUGUCACAACAGUCAGAUCCCACUGCUGUACAAGUAGGA